UAUUAUAUCUACUGUUAGUUGAUACUGUACACAGCUCAUCUGCGAGCUCAUCAGAGUUUUGAGCAUUAAACCAAAUCAUUAGAGCUACUCUUGAGGUUGAGACACUGAAUAUUUAAUCUUGUAACGAUCAGGUCUGCUCCUAGAUCCUCAUGUCGUAUGAGAUGUCCAGGAAGUCGAAGGGAGGUAGUGUAUUCUCCACCAACUAUGGCUCCACUGGCCAGGACGAUCCUGAUGUGUUUGACCCCCUGCAUAAUAUAGACACCCUCAGGAGCAGCGACGAGUCGGAUGCAGGAAUGACAUGUGACGAGUGCUGCAAGAAAGCACCGCACAUCCUGUACAACCUGACACUUGGAGCAUGUUUCGACUGUAACUUAGGGCAACAACAUAAACAACUCUCCUCCUCCCAAGAUGAUGACAUGGAUGCCCGCAAUAUGAAGAAAACGCUACAAUAUCACUUCAUGAACCCUUUCGAGAAAUGGAAUCAUCCAACAAAGAAGCAGUUUCCGUGGAAACUAGUAGUCCAGCUGCUGAGCAUUAUUCUAGUGACAACACAACUGGUCCUGUUUGCGAACUCAAAGUUUACUGUAACGGAUUUCAUACAUGGCAACAAGAAAACUUUCAUACAGCUGUUUGUGAUCAAUGCCGCUGAGCCGGCAUUUUCCAACCCUCUGCCCAGUCCAAUAAGAGUCCUCUAUACCAAUGAGGAACUGUUCCAGCAGCUCAACCACACAGCCUUCCAGUAUUUCAACCUGGAGGAAGUGGCUGUGGGUCCGUAUGGAUACCAAUGGGACCUAUCCGAGGGCACUAACCAAUCGAAAAUGCCACAUCUACACCUCAGGAUUCGUAGACACGAGUCUGGAGCGAUUGAUCCCACCUCCCUGUUGUACAGGGUCUCCCCUAACAUCAUCACAGAUAGGUAUGAUAUUCUCAACACCUCUGACCCUAUCGACGAUGCUGUGAGCUGGAAGCAAUUACAAGCAGAUCUUCCAGGUGUUGCUGACAUCCACAUGGACCUGACCAUCACCUCUGCCUAUCAACUUGAGCAUGAGAAAGUGGCAAAGUGCUUCCAGUUCAAUAUCUCAUUUCAUAUUGUCAACAGUCAUGACAAGGGCAUCAUGCCAGUGGACAUGAAUGUGGUCACUAAAACAAGAGCCUGUGAUAGCUCAAAGAAGAUCAUCACGAAUAUGGAUGCGUUUGUGUUCACUGAUGUUGGCUCAACAACUGUGGAUGCUAUUGUCAUGUUUAUUUCCCUGAUCUCCAUUAUCCAGUGUCUUGGUUCACUCACUUACUCUGUGUGGCUCUUCAAAACUAUUCGUUCUUUCUUUGUUCAACGGUUCACUUGGAAACUGAAAGUGAAACAUUUCUGGCCGCUGAUUGACGGCUGGUUGGUAAUGAUCACCAUCAGUAAUGUGAUGGUCAUUGUCGGCUCUGUCAUGAAACUAAUCAUUUGUUAUCAGAACCCUGACUCCACAGCCCUGGUGGAUGCCACAAGUAUCAUCUUGGGACUGGCUGUGUUUGGCCAGUGGUGUGGACUCUUGAGGUUCCUCAGCUACUUUGAAACAUACAACGUGCUGCUCAUCACACUCAAAGUGGCGAUGCCUAGUGUGCUCCGUUUUGGAGUGUGUGUUGGAAUCCUCUACAUCUCAUUUUUACUGCUCGGCUGGCUCGUACUCGGACCCUACCAUCCUAAGUUCCGCGAUACCACUGUCACGUCUGAGUGCCUCUUUGGUCUAAUCAACGGAGACGAUGUGUUUAAUACUUACGCUGAAAUGUCACAUACGCCUACAGCUAUAUGGAUUUUCUCCAAGAUAUACAUCUACGUCUUUGUGUCACUGUUCAUCUACAUUGUACUGUCCGUGUUCAUCGCUCUCAUCUCAGACACGUAUGAGACACUAAAUGACCAAUGGCGAUUUAGAACCAGAGGAUUGCUCAGGGACUUUGCCACUGACCAGUUGGGGCGUGGUCGAACGAGACUGGACUCCCACGCCAGUCACCCCUCUAUAGCCCAGGACGAUGCUGCUGACUAUGCUUUCCUCAGAGGUGCUGCUACUGGUUCUGAGCCAGUGACCCAGCCCCCUGGCAGUGUUCAGGGCAGUGAGCCUCCAGAGCAACCCACCCCCUCAACUGAUACUAAAUAGAACAACUGUCAUAAACUUUAAGGAACUUUUUCAUUACAGUUAUUUAAAUGUCAAAAUUGUAACACAGGUUGCAUACUAUUGUCAGUUUCAUUGUGUACCUGAUGUCUGUAAAAGUAUAGUAUGUGUCAACAUAA